GUUUUUUUUUCUUUUUUUUUUGGGUGGGGGGGGGGCUUAACGAGUGGGCAACGGAGUAGAUAGGAAAAAGACAUGAAUGACCUCCUCCAUCUAUGUGAUUUUUAAGCCUAUAUAUAUAUGUGUGUGUGUAUAUAUGCAUGGCCUUAUUCCUUCCUAGUCAACGGAGAAAACACAAGAGAGAGAGAUAGAGAGAUCAGAUUCAGGGAGAGAGAUGGCAGCAGACGACAACAAGAAGGGACGAGUUUGUGUGACCGGUGGAACAGGUUUUCUUGGAUCUUGGACCAUUAAGAGGCUUCUCCAAGAUGGCUAUUCUGUCAACGCUACCAUAAGGAUUGAUCCAGAGCGCAAACGGGACAUCAGCUACUUAACCAACCUCCCCGGCGCAUCAGAAAGGCUGCAGAUUUUCAAUGCAGAUCUCGACAAGGCCGAGACAUUUGCCCCGGCCUUAGAAGGGUGCAUCGGCGUCUUCCACAUGGCUCACCCAUUGGAUUUUGAGGAGAAAGAAACGGAAGAAGUCAAGGUCAAAAGAGUUACGGCUGCCUUACGUGGGAUUUUACAGGCGUGCGCUCAUUCAAAAACGAUAAAACGAGUCGUGUACACGUCUAGCAUUUCGGCAGUUGCUUUCGGCAACAAGUCUGAGUCGGGACUCGUUGAUGAAAGUUGCUGGACCGAUGUGGAGUUUAUACGAAGCUUAAAGACGUUCGGUGGACCAUAUAUCGUGACCAAGACUUUAGCGGAGAAAGCAGCUCUGGGUUUGGCUGAGGAACUUGGACUGGAUCUUGUCUCAGUGAACCCUACUUGGAUUACCGGUCCCUUCAUUUGCUCUCACUGCCCUGAUUCAGUCUAUGUCUCCAUGGCCUUGAUUCUUGGUGAUAAGGGGCAUUAUCAACACCUUAAGGAUGGGAGUUUAGUGCACGUAGACGAUGUGGCUAGAGCCCAUAUACACCUGCUUGAGUAUCCGAAGGCGAAAGGCCGAUACAUUUGCUCUGCGGUUGAGUUCACAAUCGAAGAUUUGUGUGAGUUCAUCUCUGCCACAUACCCUGAGUAUCAGAUGCCAACUCCAGAUUCUUGGAAAGAUUUAAUUCCUGUUAAAUUCUCUGGCCUUUCAACCAAAAAACUCCAGGAAAUUGGAUUCAAGUAUGAAAAUGGGCUCGAGGAGAUGUUCGAUGGAGCAAUCAAGUGUUGCAAAGAAAAGGGUCUUCUCUAGUUGUUUGAUGAUUCAUCAUUUGUUUCAUUCCAUUUUAUUAUACUACAUUCAUAUUGUGUUGGAAUUUUUUAAUGUAACCAUCAUGUGCGACACAAACACGAGGUAGAAAAUCUCUUACCGUUGUGCCGUACCUUGUUUCUUGGUUGCACGUGUUUGAAUAAUUUUACUUUCGAUACAGUUUGGUCUGUAAUUAAAUUCAUAUGGCAAUGAAUGGAUCGAAUGGUGUAAUAAUG